UCUUGUUAAAGCGAAGAAAGAUAAGAAGAUAUUCGUCAGACGCUCCUUUCAUCUCUUUCUCCCCUCUAAGAUCGCCAUAAGGGUUUAGGUUGGCGACAUGUCGAUUCACAGGAGGACAAGUACAUCUGAAGAUAGGAUAAGCAGUUUACCCAAUACAUUGUUAUGUCAGAUUCUAUCGUACCUCUCUACGGAAGAUUCGGUUCGGACCAGCGCUUUGUCUAAACGGUGGACCCAUCUCUGGUUGCAUGUUCCUGCUUUGGAGUUGGACUCCAGUAAGUUUCCUGAUGAUUUCGAAUUUGGGGAUUUUUUCGAUAACUUCCUGGAGUCUGGCGAAGAAGACAUAAAGAGAUUUGAUUUGGUCUACAAUGUUGAUGAGCACAUUCAUGAAGAUUUUGUGGCGAGGAUUGAUGAUGUGGUUAAUCGUGGAGUUUGUCAUCUAACUAUUCUCAACGAGUUGGAUGUUGAAGAAGAGUUAGUUAGGAUGCCUCUCUCGCUCUAUUCAUGCAGGACAUUGGUGAGUUUAAAUCUAUAUUGUGUAGUUUUCGAUGCUUCCCGGACGGCGGUUGUUUCUUUGCCUCGUCUCAAGACUAUGCAUUUAGAGGCAGUUAAAUUUGACGGAAUGUGGCUUCUUGGGGGUUUCAUUUCAAGAUGUUCGGUUCUUGAAGAGUUAACCAUAGUCACGGAUGAUGGUGAUGAACUCGGAGUUGUAAUUGUGAGCUCAAAGUCGCUAAAAAGCUUCAAAUUAAAAUCUAUGCGUAGUGAGGAAACUGAAGACGAAGGUGAUCCUACUGUUGUGAUUGAUGCUCCAAGACUUGAGUUUAUGAGUAUCACUGAUUACCAAUCUAAAAGGUUGGUAAUUGACAAUAUUGGUCCCUUUGCAAAGGUGGACAUUGAUUUUAUCUUUAAAGUGGAGGAUAAUGAUUCAUUUGGAGCUAUGAUCAUUGAUUUUCUGACCAAGUUAUCCACAGUCCGUGAAAUGAUCAUCUCUUCCAGAACGCUGGAGAUGAUCCAUGAUAACUGCGAAUGGGAACUGCUACCUCAAUUUGCUAAUAUGUCUCACUUGCAUGCUUCGUUCCUUGAAACAUCGUGGAAACUGUUGCUAACUUUUCUUGGCUGCUGUCCAAAUCUACAGUCACUUGACUUGGAAUUUGACUCUUUUCCAGAGCCAGAAGAGAUUGAACUUUCAUUUGUGCCGCAAUGUUUCCAAUCAUCUCUCCAGUUUGUUGGACUGAGGACACCAAUCAGGGUCGAAGGAACAUUAAGUGAGAUGAAACUACCAAUGCUCUUUUUAAGGAAUUGCAAAGUCCUGAAAAAACUGAUGCUUAAUGAGAGUUUCAGAAACGUCAUCCAGAAAGUUAGAGGGAUUCCGAAAAUGUCGCCCCAGUUUCUAACUGUGGCUCUUUCAAAUAUCUAG